UGUGAAAUACUUGGGCCGUGCUUAUACUAAAAAGUUAUAUAGUGUUAAUCUGAAAUUCAAAUUUCACUGGGCCUCUGACAUUUUUAUUACCUAAAUCUGGCAACCCUACUCUGGUGGGAACAGAGAACAAACCUCCUGGGAGGUCUGGGUUACAAACCAGCACAGCAACCUCCCACUCGCCGGCAGGCAAAGGCCAGUGUGGAGCUACUGCCUGCCCCUACGUGGCCUCCCCUGGGAUCCCCCUCCAGGGCCCGUUAAAGCCCUCAUGGGAGUCAUUUUUGCCUGAAAAGAUUGUUUAACUACACAGCAGGGUCAGUUACAGAUUCACUCUCACCACACUCACCUGUGUAAAGAAAACACGAUUCUUUAUUCUUAGGCGCCUCCACACGAUGUGGUAAAAACAGAGCAGCAGCAAACUGUGCAUGUGUUGGGUUGGGUUCCCUGGAAGUAGAGCCUGAGACCCAGGCUCCAGUGCCCCUGACCUGGUGAAGGAAGCAGGAGAGAGCAGGGGAGGGGCUGAGAGGUGUGGACCAGGGGCACUCAACUUCUGCCUGACCCUCUCGGGGCUCGGGAGCCGGGAUGGUACCAGGGAGUUGGCUCCACCUUGAGACAAGGGGGUUAGGGUUUUGUGCUUCCACAUCUGCAGGCCAUUAGCUGCCUUCAGGCAGAGGGCUGGGCCUUGCAACCUCCCAGGUGUCUCCAGGUGUGGCAGCUUCCACGGCAGAGGCGACAGUCCAGAGAAAGCCACGGCCACGCAUUGAGGUUCCCUGAAACACUUGUAUCAGCUGAGUGUACCCGCUGGUCAAGGAGACCUGGGCAUGGCACCAGCAGCACCCACUAUGCUCUGUCUCCAUGCAAUGUGAUAGUCAGAUUCUCUCCGGGCUGCAUUCAAGGGUCCCUAUUAGGAGGUGCGCUCUCCUUAGGGACUGUUCUGCCCCUUGCCGUCCUUCCUAAAGGGUGGUGGCUGCCAGGUGGGGGUGUGGAGACAGGUGCUGUGUCUUCAGGGCAGUGGAAGAGGGGAUUUUGAAUACCCAUGGAAUCUGCAGGAUGACAAUGGCCUGAGCUUAUGUGGCCACUGGAAUCUGUUCCCUGCCGUGGAGGGGCGAGCAGCCCUUUUUGUUUUUUAGGGCUAUCUUUAGUACACACUGCUGCAGCCUGUGGCCUGGUCAUUUGCCCAUGGUUGUGAGGUCCCUAUGCAUGGGACUUCUUCAUCCUGACUCCAGGCUUCAGUUCACCCAUCAGACCUUAAAGCAUCUUCUGCCCUAUCUUGCCCUGGGCUUCUUGGUGCCAAAAGACAAGGGCACUGCCUCAAGCUUAUCUUCCCAGACACUGUUUACUGCUGCUACCCUGUUGCCCACGACACUUCCGAAGUGACCAUUGUUGUCAUCUCCUGCCACGUCCCGGAAGGCAAGCCACCAAGUCCCAUGCACCAUUCCCACAGCCCAACCACCUUCCCGACUCUACCCUCUGGAAUCUGAAGAGUCUGCCCACUUCUGGGUUUUUGUUCAGGAGAUGGACCACACGUCUCCCAGGCUGAGAGUCUUCCUCUCUGAACCCAUGGGAGAAAAGGAUGUCUCCUGGGUGGAUGGCAUCAGCCAUGAGCUUGCAAUCAAUUUGGUCAACAAAGGUAUCAACAAGCGACUUGAAGCCAGUCCCAAAGACAACUCGAAGACAGUGAGCACAGAUGAGGCAGGCUGUGAACUCUCAGAACAUGGCACGCUCGCUCAGCAGAGGCACCAAGUAGAGCUACGCCCCUUGGUGCCCCAAGUCAACCCACUCCACCAGGCUUACAUCCUGUUGGGACAAUUCCUUCUGAUGCACAAGAAUGAAGCUGAGUUUCAGAGGUGGCUCAUUUGCUGUUGUGGUGCCACUGAGUGUGAGGCCCAGCAGAGUUCUAACUGCCUCAAGGAGUGGUGCGCCUGCUUCCUGUAGACACAAACCUCGCCGCUGUCCCCCACCCUCAGGAGAAAAUGAUGCCCUCUCCACCUAU